AUGAGCCGCUGGCAUGCGGACUGGUGCACGUCACCUAUCAUCCAAGUCGGCGACGAUCAAAUCCCUCGAUGCGAGAAAUGUCUAACCUCAGCUCACGCCCGACUCAAGAGGACGAACCGGUCAGAUCCUGUACUUGUAGCACCAAAGGACGAAGAAUACGGGAGCCUCAACCUCAGCUGGCCGCCUACAGUCACAUUCACCUCUGGAGAAAACGUAAUACAUCCACCCGCCGAUAAGAGCAAGAAUGAUCAAGAUGCCCAGCCGGCUCCAUGCCACUCCUUUGAUUCGGCUGUCGUGGGUCAUGGUGCUGUUACUGCGCUUUCAUCGGAUGAAUUCCGCCUUGCUGUUCUCCACGCGGUCGGAGACAAAGGCAAAUCGUAUCCCAUACAUGUGGACUUGGAGCCAUACAAGGAUACGCACUUCUCUGACUAUGAUGCCGUGUCAUACACAUGGGGCGAUGACAAUGGCAACUCCGAACGAUAUCUGCGACCAUCUCGAGGCUUGAAGCUGAUUUGGAUCGACGCAAUCUGUAUCGACCAGAAUAAUGCGGAGGAAAGAGCUACGCAAGUAGCCAAGAUGGGCCAGAUCUAUUCCAGAUGCUCGCAAGUAUGGGCUUGGAUGGGCGAUGAUUUGAGCCGCUCUAUCCGGGAUAUUUGGAAACUAUUGCAGAGGAGAUACUUCCGCCGGGUUUGGGUCAUACAAGAGUUGGUGCUCGCCCCGCGCGUUCUCAUUCCGAUUGGGAAUGUGAUCUUCGCAGCGGAUCAUACAACGGCUCGCAAGCUGACACAGUCGGAAAACGACUCAGAAAACAAGAGCAAGGUUUCUUGGAAGAAAACGGAAGCCCCUUGGUUCGAGCACGUUGCUCAAGGACAUAUCGGCGGCUUGGGUCUCUGGGAUAUGAUGGCACUGACCUCAAAGUCGCAUGCUUCAGACUUUCGGGACAAGCUAUACGGUAUUCUCGGCCUCCUGUCCUUUGAAAGUGACAACAAUCUGCUGCAACCCAAUUACGCUAUCUCGGCCCGCCAGAUGGUUAUUGGGUUUGUUGCGCACUGCAUUAUCAACGAGGGAAAACCUCAGCUCUUGUUGGCAGCCCAAGGCUAUUCUGCGCAGAAGAAUCCGUCUUGGCUUCCUGCCUGGGAGACCCAAACGUCUUGGGAACAAUCAUUCGUGGAGCUGCCCGACCUGGCGUAUAACGAUGACACUGCAUCCAUCUCGAUGUGGCUGACAAGACUAGCAUCUAUCAGCUCAACCCCCACGGAGGCCCUCAGAGGGGUCUUUGACGACCUGACUCUGUACAGAAUUCACUUUGGCCCAGGCCAGUGGUUCUUGGUUGGGAGUCAGCACCCACUCGAUAGGUUGCUAGAACAAGACGACGAGCUUUUCGCCCUGGAUCCUGGAUUGGGUCUCAGCAGUUCCAAGCUCAAACGCCUUGUUUACAUGGUCCUAAGAAAAACGGGUGACGGAAGGUACAGAUUAGUGACGGGGAUCUCAUACUUGUGUUUGUGCCCUGCGUCAUCGCCAAUGUUUGCAAACAAUCGAUAUCUCACGGAGAUCCAUGAGAACUUUUAUGUAGCCCGGCAAAAACUAUAUGUUCAAGCCGAGUUGGAUAAAUCAGUGUACGACGUGGAUGAGAGAUCGAGGUGGAGGCUCGAUGACAACAUCUACAUUUUCCCGCUGGUUUUCCCCGGCAAUGAAAACACAACCGUAGGCCACAUCUUACCAAUCCUGACCGGUCAUGAACGUUUUGGACGGUUGCAAGAGAACGAGGUUUGCGCUGCGCGUGGACAAAAAGUUAUAGGAGACUACCUUGAGUUUGAGUUCGGGAUUGAUUUUGGAUAUCGGCCGAGCGACAUGAAGAAAGGUAAAUGCCAGGCGGAGAAUGCAUGGCGUACCUUCCGUUCAUAUAUGGAGUGGGAAUGGCGCAAACCCGGGGAGGAAAAUAGGCUGCUUUGGCGGAGACUUCCACAAUUGAGAUAUGAGAGCAACGACACCCAUGAGGAUCUAGGGCUUCCGGGUGGAAUGAUGCGAAUUCACCUGAGGUGUCGACUGGAAGCGGUUAGGAAAGUCAUUGCUACCGAGGCACAGCUAUUGGGCAUUACGGCGCUAUGGGAGUCUCGAAUGUUCGGAGAUACUCUUGAGGCCUUUGAGAAAAACAUGCGAAGCGAGGUGACGGAAGAGGACUUUUUGGUUCCUAAUCCAGGUUUCGGGCGAAGCGGGAAGAGUCUAAGGCCUGACGAGUUUGCAGGGUUGGACGGCGGCACCUACCGAGUCUGCAUUGUCUAG